AUGGUUCUGGUGGCAGUGUGGCCGAUCCUGGUCAGCAUCUUUAUCUCAGUGGCUCCCGCCGUGCUGCUUGUGACUGCCAGCAUCUACCUGUGGCAUCUACGGUGGCAGCUGAGCCACGACAGGAGCUGGCUGCUCCCUCUCCCCCCCGGAUCCAUGGGACUGCCCAUUGUCGGUGAAACUCUGCACUGGUUGCUGCAGGGCUGCGAGUUCCACAGCUCCAGACGGAGACAACACGGACAUGUGUUCAAGACGCACCUUCUGGGGCGGCCGGUGGUGCGGGUAUCGGGGGCCGCGUUGCUGCCGCCGCUGUUGCUGGAGGAGACAAGCCGGGUAGGGGUCAGCUGGCCCCGCAGCGCCCACGACAUGUUGGGGCCUCACAGCCUGGCCAACUCCAGCGGACACACGCACCGCGCCCGUCGCAAGGUCUACGCUAGAAUUUUCAGCCAGGCUGCUUUAGAGAGUUACUUGCCGCAGAUUAUGAAGUUGGUGAGAGAGGCUGUGACGGGCUGGUGUGCAAGGCCAGGGUCAGUCUCCGUGUACCCCGAGAGCAAGCGGCUCACGUUGAGGAUAGCUGCAGCUGUGCUGCUCGGAUCUUUGCCAAGUCAGGAGGAGCUGACUGACCUCUUCACCAACAUGGAGCAACUCAGCGAGAACAUCUUCACACUGCCCAUAGACAUUCCGGGCAGCGGCUACAGAAAGGGUAUCCGGGCUCGGGACAAACUCCACCAAUACCUUGGGAAAGUCAUAGAGGCGAGACGCCAGGCGGGUGGGUGUGAAGACCAGCCCGGGGCGCUGGGCAUCCUGGCGAGGAGCAGCAAGGAGCAGGGGAUGGACAUGGGGGUGCAGGAGUUGACGGAAGCCGCUGUCGAGCUGAUGUUCGCUGCCUUCGCCACGACGGCCAGCGCCGCCACCUCACUGGUCCUGCAACUGAUCAAACAUCCGGCCGUGGUGGCCAAGCUGAGGGAGGAGCUGCAGACACGAGCACUCGGAGCCGGCGCGCUGCUUAGAGACAUCAGCCGCUUGCGGUACCUGGACAACGUGGUGAAAGAGGUGCUGAGGAUGCUGCCCCCUGUAUCCGGCGGCUACCGGGUGGCCCUGCACACCUUCGAGCUAGCGGGUUUCCAGAUCCCCAAAGGAUGGAGUGUGUUGUACAGCAUUCGUGACACACACAACACUUCUCCCAUCUUCCAGGACCCUGAAGUAUUCAAUCCAGAUAGAUUUGACGAAGACCAAAUGGAAAGCAAGAACCUUCGCUUCCAUUACCUGCCUUUUGGAGAUGGUGUUAGACGAUGCGUUGGUAAAGAGCUUGCAAAACUCAUCCUGAAAGUCUUUGCGAUUGAGUUGGUCAGCGUCAGUCAUUGGGAGUUAACCACCAGGACCUUUCCCAAGAUGCUAUUGGUGCCAAUCGUGCACCCUGCUGAUGGACUACAAGUGCGGUUUUUCAGCUCAGCUUAG